AUGCCGAACGCACCGAUCGACUCUCCACCGCCAGAACUCUUCUUUUUUGCUUUGUCUCCGGGAGACGUUUUAGUAGAAGUGCCAACGUCACCUGCCGACGACUCGUCACGUUGUUCGUCGCUGCCACCACAAGCCGACUCCCAGCCAAGUCCAGCUUCGCCAGUCUUCGUUUCUCUUUCCGGCUCAGGUCAAGGCAACUCAUCCAUGCCAACAACACCAUCUUUCCAACAUCUUACUCUGAAUACCCCCGUCAAAGUGUCGGCUGUCAGCGUCACCCCUAACUUCCCAGAAAAAGACUCUACACCACGCCGGAGAUUCAUGCAAGUGAGCAACAGAGCACGCUCUCGCCCUCGCGGCCAAUCUCAACGAGACGAAGUGUUGAAGAGCGCUGAGAAGAAGAUGUUGACUCCAGGGAAGAGAAGUGCUGAAACUGGCUUCGCUCCAAAAGCCAGUCACCGUCGAGUUUUGUUUCAAGGGAGCCGCCAACAUGAUCCACCAUCGAGCAGCCAAGACAAACCAUCAAGCAGCCAAAGGAAUGUCUGUGAGGAGGACGAUGAGCCAAAGAGAAAAACUCCAAGAAAGACUAUUUAA